GGGGUUUCGAUGCAGUCUCACGACUUGGGGGAUGGCCGCAGCCUGGUGCACGUCAGUGACAUGACCCCAGAUGGAACGUGAAUCUGAAAGUGAAAGCGAAGAGGGCGACGUUUGUGGUAUCAUCGAAGCAGAUGGGUUAUCGCUCGAAGAAUUGCCGGUACAUCAAGGUGCAGCCAAAGGCACAUGGCGAGUAUCUGUGCUACGUGUGCUGUCACCAAGACCGCCGAUCAUUGAAGAUGAAGAUGGUGAUUUGGCCAUGCCGCGGACAGAACUAGGAGGAGAACUUCCACCAGGCCUUCUGGAUUGGCAAAUCCAAAUGGCUCGUUUGGCUUCAUCCCGGCUGGAACGAGUAGGUUUGCAGCUGUGGGCUGGUGCCUUGGUUCUGAGUGAUUUCCUUUUGGCACGGCCAUGGCUGCUACGUGAGCGCCACGUCUGCGAACUUGGCGCAGGCCUUGGCCUUUGCUCUCUCCUUGCCUGCCGCUUGGGUGCAGCCUCAGUACUUUGCACAGACGGCCACCUGGAAGCAGUGGAAAACUGCAGGCAGAAUCUGCAGAGGAAUGGUGUCUCCGUGAAGGAUGCAGAAUAUGCAGAGGCAAACCGAGAGGAUGCCAAUGUAAAGACUGUGAAGGUUGAAGUGCUUAGGUGGGAAGAUCCACCCCCCAUGGAGGAUGAUGUUUGGGCUGCAGAAGUGCUUCUUGCAGCGGAUGUGAUCUAUGAUGCUGCUGCAGCCGAAGCUUUUGCAAAACUGGCAGCCAAGCUCCUGAACACCAAGGCAGAGAGACUCUACAUGUCUUUGGAGAAGAGGGUCUAUUUCUCGUCAGCUACAUUCAAACCUGAAGUCGCGGCUUAUCCACAGUUCCUGGAAGAUUGUGCAGCGCUUGGCCUUGAAGUUGAGCCAGUUGAUUUGUCAUCAGUUCCAGUCCACUUCAAUUAUGUCCGUUCUCGGUUUUACGAGCUCGUUACCAUCACUGCAAAGGGGCGAGCGAGCGUGAAACGGAAGCAAGAGCAUGCGACAGAGGAUGUGCAGUCUGGUGAAGGUGUCAACUGAGCCUGCUG